AUGUCUGUUUACCCUUUUGCCGGCGAGACUGAACCUCUGCUACGAAAUGUGAGGCCGUCGAGCGACGAUGGGACGACUGUCGCUUCUCCUCCCGCGGGAGAAGGGCUUUUGACUGAUUCCGUCCCAGUGAUCCUCUCGUACAUCCUGCAGAAUUCGAUACAAACCGCGUCCAUAUUGAUCGCUGGGCGCCUAGGUCCCAAUGAGCUGUCGAUUGCGGCAUUUUCGUCGAUGUUGGCCUUCGUUACUGGCUGGAUCGUUGCGCUUGGAGGCACGACUGCCUUAGAUACCUUCGGUUCGCAGGCCUUCACAGGUGGUGCACGACGUUCGGACCUUUCCAUCCAUUUUCAACGAUGCCUUGUCCUUUUGUGGGCUCUGUUACUCCCCGUCUGCGGUAUAUGGGGGUUCAUGGAACCCAUACUGCUAGCACUAGGGCAGGAAGAGUUCCUCAGCAAAGGCGUGCAGAGUUACUUGCGGGUUUUGAUCUUCGGAGCGCCGGGUUAUAUCGGCUUUGAAAGUCUCAAGAAAUACUUACAAUGUCAAGGAAUUAUGGGAGCUUCGACCCUCGCGCUCUUGAUAGUGUCUCCUAUAAACAUCGCACUGAACAUCGGCUUCGUUCAUUACACUUGUCUUGGCUUGCUUGGCUCGCCGGUGGCGCUGUCCAUCACUUACUGGCUACUAUUCCUGAUUCUCAUCCUCAUCACUCGCUUUUCCUCCACUCAUAAGAAAAAUGAAACGUGGGGAGGGAUACAGGUGAAAGCCGCCUUAGAUCCAAGCAGCUGCUUGAGAUUCUACAAACUCGCAUUCCCGGGCAUUCUUCAAGUCGGUACAGAAUGGGCCGCUUUCGAGAUCGUAGCCCUUGCAGCCGGACGAUUGGGUCCGCUGCCACUCGCUGCACAGUCCGUAAUAAUGACGACAGAUCAGAGUGUGGCCGCCUCUGCGCGAGUGGGAAACUUUGUAGGCGCCCGGUCUGUCGUAGGUGCAAAGCACGCAGCCCAUGCAUCGGCCCUGCUAGCCGUGGUGCUCGGGCUGGUGGUUAUGAUCCUCUUAAUUUCCACGCGCAACGUGUUCGGCUAUAUCUUCAGCGAUGACCAAGCUGUCGUGACGCUUGUCAGUAAAGUGAUGCCUCUCGUAGCGUCAUUCCAGGUGGCAGAUGGGCUGGCUGGGUCAUGCGGAGGCGUCCUUCGCGGAUUAGGUCGGCAACGUGUCGGGGCGCUGUUCAACUUCGUGGCAUACUACGUCCUGGCACUUCCCAUGGGAAUCAGCCUUGCCUUCCGGACAAGCCUGGGAUUGCAGGGCUUAUGGAUAGGUCAAGUGGUCGGUUUGUUUAUAGUGGGCCUUGGAUUAUACGGCGUCGUGUGGCUGAAGACCGACUGGGAAUUGGAGGUGAGGAAAGGGAUCGAACGAAACCUCCAGGAAGCGAAGAGAAGGGCUGUCCUGGAGCAAACCCACGGACCGUAUCAUGAUGAACACUGA